AUGGCCGUCGAGCCACGAACUGUAUCCAUUCGCUUCGCAUAUGGACCUCCGCUCGACCCCGCCGACUCCGAACAAUACUACACACGAGUUGUCUCGCCGACCCCGGUGCCAGCCCCGCUGCAGACCUGCGCAGAAGCCCGAUAUCUGGGCUUAUACCAGCGAGUUUCCGCCGCCGACCAUUUCCCAUGCAGUGAUCCGGAACCGGAACCCUACAACAAUCGUCGGUACUUCUGGCUGAACUGGGACGUCGACAUGAUUGAUAUUCACGAUUAUCCUUUCGCUGCAUUCAAUCGCAUUGUGCCGAUGAUCAAGCGGCUCAGAUUCCAAAGCGGGUUUUACGAGUUCAUAAGGGACCGUGAUGACUAUUGGUGGUACCAACUAAAGUGGCUCGACCAUAUCUUCCCCAAGGUUGAGGAGAUGCAAAUUGUGUGCGCUCCCGGUUGUAAGGUAGAGGAUUAG